CGUCCCUCUUCUUUUCUUUCCAUCCUUCCAUUCGUUCCUUUCUUCGGACGCGGGUUGUACCUGUUGUACCUUGUACAUAUCCCACUUCGUCGGCACCAGUUGUCGCACAGCACUCCUUUUUAAAACUCACUUUUUGCUUCUUGACGGUCUGGAACCAUCUUAUCCUCCUCGAUUCAACUUUCGGCUCCCGCGGAGCUCAGUUCUUUCUCGACGACCCAUCGAAACGUUUCAAAAAAUCGCCCAUCAUGUUGAUGAAAACAGCUGUGACGGCCCUUUUGGGUGUGACCAUGGUUGCUGAGGCGGCAUCCAUCCACCAGUUCAGAUCUCCCAUUGCCCUGGAACGGCGACAGAACAGGGGCGGUAACCGGUUCGGCGGCGGCUUUGGUGGUGGCUUUGGUGGUGGCUUUGGUGGUGGCGGCAACAACGGCGGCAACCAAGGUGGUAACCAGGGCGGUAACCAAGGCGGCAACCAGGGCGGCAACCAAGGUGGCAACAACGGCGGCAACAACGGCGGCGACAACGGUCAGAACAACGGCGACAACAACGGCGGCGACAACGGUCAGAACAACGGCGACAACAACGGCGGCGACAACGGCCAAAACAACGGCGGCAACAACGGCGGCAACAACGGCGGCAACAACGGAGGCAACACUUGCCUGGCAGCAGACGCCGUUCAGACCGGCUCGGCAGCAACCGGCCAGGAGGGAGGUGACGUCGCCGACGGCCAGGUCGAAUCCGCCACUGACGAGGCCAACUUCAUCAACUUUUGUUCCGGCGAGACCUUGACGAACGGCUUGCAAAACCGCGAUGGUUCCUGCAACGGUAUCCCGAUGGGCAAGAUCCCUUCCGUCGAUAGAAUGGUCUCGGCGGUCAUCGUCAACCCCCAGAACGGCGACGACGUCGAGGAGCUAACUACCUUCGAAAUCGAGGUCAACCUUGCCAACAUGCAGUUGGGUGCUUUCACCAACGCCGCGAGCACCUACUAUUCGGCCCCUCAGGACCUGAACGGACAGGGCCAGAUUAUCGGCCACACCCACGUCACAGUCCAGGACACCGGAAACACCAUGAACCCUACCCAGCCUCUAGACGCCAAGCAGUUUGCCUUCUUCAAGGGUAUCAACGACGCCGGAGACGGCCAGGGCCGCCUCACUGCCGAGGUGACCGGUGGUCUUCCGACCGGUUGCUACCGUGUCUGCACCAUGUCUAGCGCCUCCAACCACCAGCCCGUGCUGAUGCCUGUUGCUCAGCGUGGCUCGCAAGAGGAUUGCCGUUACUUCAGCGUCGGUGGUGCCUGCGGCAACGGCGGCGGCGGCAACAACGGUGGCAACAACGGUGGCAACAACGGUGGCAACAACGGCGGCAACAACGGCGGCAACGGCGGUAACAACGGCCAGAACAAUGGCGGCAAUGACGGUCAGAACAAUGGCGGCAAUGACGGUCAGAACAAUGGCCAGAACAACGGUGGCAACAACGGCGGCAACAACGGCGGUCAGGGCCAGGGUGGUAACAACGGCGGCAACAACGGCGGUCAGGGUGCCCAGAACGCUGCUGCUAUCGGCGGCGCGGCUCCUGCGGUUGAGGACACUGGCGAUGCUCAACGCCCGUUCAGUGUCAAUGGCAACACCUUCGCCAACAGGGACGCCGCCGUUCAGCGCGCCUGUGCCAUCCAGAACAACGCCUGCGCCGACGCCGUCAACGGUGGCCAAGCUCAGGGCCAAACCAUCGCCGCCUGCAACGAGCAAGAAGCCGCAUGCCGGGCGGCUGCUUAAACCAAAUCAGUCCGCUUCGCCCAGUGCCACCCCGGACCCCACGGCGCUGCUCCAAGCUUGGAGCCGAGCCAAGUUCCCUCUGGUCUACAAUCACGAGGGGUGUGUACAAUAUUCUUU